AUGUGGCAGUCUUUUGAUCACCCCAUUGAUACCCUGCUGUUGGGACAGAAGUUGAAAGUGGGGCAGAAGCUCAUAGCAAACAUUUCUCCUACUAAUACAAGCCCAGGUAUUUUAUACCGUUCAUUGUCUGUCGACAGCUUUCUUCUUUCUACAGCCACGACAUCCCCUCAAAUAUAUUAUAGGUUUCCUGAUUCACCUUCACUUGUGAAAUUAUCUUAUGUUCAGUUCGACAAUGAGUCCAUCUAUAUGUUCCCUAUGGCGUUUGUAGAGAUGGGCAGUGCAGCUGUCCAAAACAAGGCAAUAAUUUUGUUCAGAUUGACGCCACAAAGCCCAAUUCAGGCUGCCUUCUUAACAGACCUCUUGUAUGGUGUCAACUUUUCUAGUGGCUAUUGUUAUCUGGAGUCCAAUGUCUACUCUCUGACAAUGAGUAAUCAAAGUGAUCUAUUUUACAAUUCUACUGCCUAUAUUAAAGUUCAGUCCAGGCCUAAGCAGAUUAAGCUUUUGGUUAUAGUUAUCAUUUGUACUGCUAUUGGUGGAGUGUUUGUCCUGUUUCUUCUUUUGUGUACAUGGAUAAGUAAGUAUAUGAAAGGCAGACAUGAGAAGGAUGAAGAUGAGGACGAUCAUGUAGAUUGGCCACCAGGUUUACCGCUGCGUUACACAUUCCAAGAAUUAAAGAAUGCUACAAAUGUCUUUACUAUGAAGUUGGGAAGAGGAGGAUUCAGUUCAGUUUAUGAAGGUGUUUUGGCUGAAGGCUCAAAGAUAGCAGUGAAGCGACUUGAUGGAGCAGGACAAGGGAAAAGGGCAGUCCGGGCAGAAGUGGAAACUCUAGGAAAAAUUGAUCAUCUUAAUUUAAUAAAACUGAAAGGGUUUUGUGCAGAAAAGGCCCAUCGAAUGCUUGUAUACGAGCAUCUACCAAAUGGCUCUCUGGAUAAAUGGAUAUUUGCCAACAAGAAACAACUAGUUGGACAAAACAUUGCAAAACUUUAA